GUAACAUCUGCGUUUCUAGGAGCUUCGCGCUGCGGGUGGCUUGAGAAUCUGGGGUUGCAGAGGUUCAUGCCAGGGUUAUAGUCUGGCAGAAAAUUUGAACUCAGAGAUGGCUCUGAGUAAAUCAAUGCAUGCAAGAAACAGAUACAAGGACAAACCACCCGACUUUGCCUAUCUAGCAUCCAAAUAUCCAGAUUUUAAGCAGCAUGUUCAGAUAAAUCUGAAUGGAAGAGUAAGUCUUAAUUUUAAAGAUCCUGAAGCAGUAAGAGCUCUGACUUGUACUCUCCUGCGAGAAGAUUUUGGACUUUCUAUUGAUAUUCCACUGGAAAGACUAAUUCCUACAGUUCCCUUGAGACUCAACUAUAUUCACUGGGUGGAAGAUCUGAUUGGUCAUCAAGACUCUGAUAAAAGUACUCUCCGGAGAGGCAUUGACAUAGGUACUGGGGCAUCUUGCAUCUAUCCUUUACUAGGAACAACUUUAAAUGGCUGGUAUUUUCUUGCAACGGAAGUAGAUGAUAUGUGCUUCAACUAUGCAAAGAAAAAUGUGGAACAGAACAAUUUAUCUGAUCUCAUAAAAGUGGUAAAAGUACCACAGAAAACACUCCUGAUGGAUGCUCUUAAAGAAGAAUCUGAAAUAAUCUAUGACUUUUGCAUGUGCAACCCUCCAUUUUUUGCCAAUCAGUUGGAAGCCAAGGGAGUAAACUCUAGAAAUCCUCGAAGACCUCCACCUAGUUCUGUAAAUACAGGAGGUAUCACAGAGAUCAUGGCUGAAGGAGGUGAAUUGGAGUUUGUUAAAAGGAUCAUCCAUGAUAGUUUACAGCUUAAAAAAAGAUUAAGGUGGUACAGCUGUAUGCUGGGGAAAAAAUGUAGCCUGGCUCCUCUAAAAGAAGAACUUCGUAUACAAGGGGUUCCUAAAGUCACCUUCACUGAAUUCUGUCAAGGUCGGACAAUGAGAUGGGCUUUAGCUUGGAGUUUUUAUGAUGAUGUAACAGUACCGUCACCACCAAGUAAGCGAAGAAAAUUAGAGAAGCCAAGGAAACCCAUCACCUUUGUGGUGUUGGAGUCUGUGAUGAAAGAAUUGUCUCUCAAGUCCUCAUCUUUGGGCUCCGAGACAGAGGAAGGCAUAGUAGUUGUGACAACAUGGAUCGAAAAAAUUCUCACCGACCUCAAGGUCCAACACAAAAGAGUUCCCUGUGGGAAGGAGGAAGUGAGCCUUUUCCUAACAGCCAUAGAAAACUCCUGGAUUCACUUAAGAAGAAAGAAAAGAGAACGAGUGAGACAGCUGAGAGAAGUUCCUCGAGCUCCGGAAGAUGUCAUCCAAGCCUUGGAAGAGAAAAAGUCUAACCCCAAGGAGUCUGGCAGUAACCCAGAUCUGGCAAAGGGCACCCUGGAGAAUGCCCUGCAUGGGCCUGCUCUGCCAGAAGGCCCGCCCGCUGCUGUUGAGUGCCAGGACCCACACCAGGAUUUACUUCCCCAGGAGGAAAACCCAGAGCCCAUGGAGGAUGAAAGGAGUGAGGAAAAGGGAGGGAUGGAGGUUUGGGAAAGCUAUAAAGGCUCUAGCAAUGAUGCCCAGGACCAAAAGGCUUCUGAGCAGUUCAGCAACCCUGUGUCUGAAAAAGGAAAUCAUCUCCAAGGAAUGGCUGGACAUUACCUGUUUAAGUGUUUGAUAAAUGUUAAGAAGGAGGUGAAUGAUGCAUUAGUUGAAAUGCAUUGGGUUGAGGGUCAGAAUAGGGAUUUGAUGAACCAGCUUUGUACCUAUAUACGCAACCAAAUUUUCAGGGUGGUUGCUAGUUAACUCCAAGCAUCUUGUCCUGUUGGAACUAUGAUUUUCUAUAAAGCAGCUUGCUUUGGAAUGACCUGAGAAAUGCUGCCAUUGCCCCGCUAGUACCAUUAUGUAGAGUUAUCUUUAAAAACAGAUACAGGGGUACCAGAGAAAACGAGAGUACAGGGGGUAGGUAUGUGGUGGACCCCAGUUCAAUCCCCAGCACCAAUAAUCUAAACACUGCUAGGAGUGGCCCAAACUCCUACCAAAAACAAUUUCAAAAGCAGAUAUAAAUCAAUCCACUUUAAAUACAACCCAUGUCUCCCCCAA